AUGAGACGCUCAGCAGCUCCCAGCCAGCUACGAGGCAAUGCUGCAAAAAAGCCUUGUUUUGUCCCUCCUGGAGCUGCUUCUUCAUGGACUGGCGCAGAACCCAAAACCCAGUACCCUGAAUUUGGCUUGGACAAUCCCUUGAAUAAGGUCCAGAGAAGUCUAGGAGUUCCACCUCCCAACCAAAAUGCCCAUGUCCAGGCAGCACCAGCUUUGUCCAAAGCUUUGUCCAGAGUGCUCAGUGCAACUGAAAGUAAGGAGAACGUUAUUGAGACGGAACAUCCAAACGUUGCAUCACAGGAAGUCCCAACACCACAAAACAUCAGAGGGGCAGGCCUCCCUCAAGCAUGUGCCGUGUCAAAUCCAGUCCCAGAUACAGAAUGCAACCAAGACACGGCGCGAUACUUCAGCGUGAUGUGGUGUAAGGCCAGCAAAAAGAAACACAAGCGCUGGGAGGGGGAUGCCGUGCUGGUGACCAGGGGUCGCACAGCCACUCUGAAAGAUAUGGAGGGCAAGAACAUUGGACAGGGUAGCGGCUACAAGAUGUCAGUGCUGGCCUCUCUCGCAGAAGGAGAGACCCUGAUGAUCGGCGCCAAGGAAGUUGAGGUGAUGGGCGUCAUAUCCGCAGAAGCCUUUGCCACGGGACGUUGUUUCCAAGAAGCACAGGUAGAAGACGUUCUCCCAAAGACGGCUCCGGCUCCUUCACAUCGCCUCGCAUCUAAACCCUUCCGCCCACCGACACUGUCAGGGAGAGCAGAGCAUCUCGAAUCACAACCAAAGGAGGAACAAAUCUGCAAGCCUCGCCAUGAUCCACUAGCACCUGGUGCGCUGGUGAUGCCUCGGCCCUCGCCCAACCACCAGUGGUCUAAUAACAAAUCGGGGCUUCCCGUGGUUGAUGUUGUGGUUGACCCACACCUGACUGCGCACCUCCGCCCCCAUCAGAGAGACGGCCUGCUUUUUCUCUACGAAUGCGUCAUGGGCAUGAGAGCCGCUGGGCGUUACGGGGCCAUGCUGGCCGACGAGAUGGGUCUGGGGAAGACCCUCCAGAGUGUGGCUCUCUGCUGGACUUUGCUCAAGCAGGGACCGUACGGAGGAAAAGCGGUCACCAAGCGCGUGUUGGUGGUUACUCCAGGAAGCCUGGUGCAGAACUGGGCCGCUGAGUUCAACAAAUGGCUGGGCCGUGAGAGGAUCACCGUUUUCACAGUGGAUCAAGACCACAGGAUCGAGCGGUUUGUGUUGUCAAACCUGCACAAUGUUCUCGUGAUCAGCUACGAGAUGCUGCUUCGCUGCCUCGAGCAGGUCCAAAAAGUGGAAUUCGGUCUCAUCAUCUGCGACGAGGGUCACAGAUUAAAAAACAGCAGCAUCAAAACCUCCUCGGCUCUCAGCAGCCUGAGCUGCACUCGUCGGGUCAUACUCACAGGCACCCCGGUGCAGAAUGACCUGCAGGAGUUCUACGCCAUCAUCGACUUUGUAAAUCCGGGCAUACUUGGCUCCAGCACUGCAUACAGGAAAGUAUUUGAAGAGCCCAUCCUACGUUCCAGGCAGCCUUCGUGCUCAGAGGAGGACAGAUCUUUGGGAGUCGAGCGAGCGUCUGAGCUCUCCCGACUCACCGGCGAGUUCAUCCUGAGGAGGACCCAGGAGAUCAUCAACGAUUACCUGCCGCCGCGCCUGGACUGGACCUUGUUCUGCAGGGCGUCCCCGUUGCAGCAAGAAAUCUACAGGCAGCUCCUCUGCCACAGAAUCUUCCGAGCUUGCCUCCAAGGCUCCGUGCAAACACACACACACCUGGCCUGCAUCACCGCCCUGAAAAAACUGUGUAACCACCCGGCCCUGCUUCACGCCGGCGUCAUGGACAAAAUGAAGUGCGAUUCCGAGGAGAGCUCACUCUAUGAAGGCCUUCCUGUGUUAUUCCCAGAAAACUACUCUUCAGAUAGCUUGACCCCUCAUGACUCUGGGAAACUUUUGGUUUUGUUGGACCUCCUGAGUACCAUCAGACAGUUGAGUCCAUCCGACAGGGUAGUGAUCGUGUCCAACUACACUCGGACGCUGGACAUGCUCCAGAAGCUUUGCGUGCGCAUGAGUUACACGUUCUGUCGGCUCGACGGACAAACGCCCACCAACCAAAGGCAGCGGCUGGUCGACGGCUUCAACAGUCCUUACUCUUCCACUUUCCUGUUUCUACUCAGCUCCAAAGCUGGCGGCGUAGGACUCAACCUAGUGGGGGCUUCCCAUCUAGUACUCUAUGACCUCGAUUGGAACCCGGCUAAUGAUAUUCAGGCUAUGGCACGAGUGUGGCGCGACGGACAGAAGAAGACCGUCCACACUUACCGUCUACUCACAGCAGGAACUAUUGAGGAGCGCAUUUUCCAGCGGCAAGUGUCCAAGCAGGGGCUUUCUGGGACGGUGGUGGACCUCGGCAAAGGCUCGGAACACGCCAGCUUCUCCGCCAGCGAGCUGCGAGAUCUCUUCAGCCUGACUGACACGCCGUCGCUCACUCACGACCUGUUGAACUGCAGCUGCAAAAUGGACGGCUCAGUCAACAAUAUGGAAGAGGAAGACGAUGAGCUUUCUGACAAUCGCCCGUGCCAGCUGGGUCGGGACCGCUGCGGUCCGGCCCAGAAGCACCUCAGCAUGUCCGAGCUGAUGCGGUGGAGACAUUUCUCUGGAGACGCCCGCACCUUCUUUGAUCCUUACCUCGAUCACGCUCGAGACCACAUCACCUUUGCCUUUCAAACAACCAUCUCCCACGUGGACCAGUAACUACCAAACAAGAUCUAUUAAAUAUCCAGCUGCUCAGA